CAUCCCUAACCCCACAACAUAAACUAAUAAUAUUUCUCCGUUCUCAUCUCAUUUGCAAUUUCUCUGAAACCUCUCUCUCUCUCUCCAUCUCUGAUAAACCCUUGGAGCUUUGAAAUACGACGCUGCUAGGGUUUGUGUAAGUCAUGGAGAGCACCGGCUUAUCCGCCGGCUUGCACCGGCCGAACCUCCCGCCGGGGUUCCGGUUCCACCCCACAGACGAGGAGCUGGUGAUUCACUACCUCAAGAAAAAGGCAAACUCGGCUCCUCUCCCAGUUGCAAUAAUCGCUGAAGUUGAUCUUUACAAAUUUGAUCCAUGGGAACUCCCAGCCAAGGCUACGUUUGGCGAGCAAGAGUGGUAUUUUUUCAGUCCGAGAGACCGGAAGUACCCGAACGGAGCUAGACCGAACAGGGCGGCAACUUCAGGGUAUUGGAAGGCCACCGGAACCGACAAACCUGUACUAGCCUCCGGCAGUAAUCAAAAGGUUGGUGUAAAAAAGGCGCUUGUGUUCUAUGGAGGGAAGCCUCCAAAGGGAAUCAAGACCAAUUGGAUCAUGCAUGAGUACCGGCUGCUGUCUGAUCAUAACAGGGCUAGUAAUAUGCCUCCUGGGUGUCAUGACUUUAGCAACAAGAAAAACUCUUUGAGGCUUGAUGAUUGGGUGUUAUGCCGAAUCUACAAAAAGAACAACGCGCAUAGACUGAUAAACAACGAAAAGGAGGACUCGAUGGAUGACACGACCGGACCUAUAUCACUUUCAUUCGCCGUCGGGCAGCAAAAUGUACAGAAACUGCAACAACUUCCAAAGGCGGCGCCAAGCUACGGCGGCGCAUUGCUCGACAAUUACCAGAAUUUGUUUGGUGGGAUGGUAAGCAGCGAGGGUAUCAACCAUUGUAAUCCUGAGCUGUCUAUGGUCGUUCCGGCCUUGGCAAGCUCGAACAACCUCCCGCUAAAGCGGACACUGCCGCCGUCGUUGUACUGGGAUGACAGCGACGAAGUCGUAGCAAGGAAGGAUGGGAAUGCUUCUACUUCUAUUACCACUCUGCUUAGCCAGCUCCCACAGACACCUUCAUUGCACCAGCCGGUAAUACUGGGGUCUACCGGAGACAGCCUUUUCCGGGCACCUUUUCACCUCCCUGGGUUGAACUGGUAUCCUUAAUUAAAUUGUAAUAUGUUUUUGUGAAAAAUGCCCUCGAUCGAAUUCUUCCGAGUGUAAAACCUACUGCCGAUUUCAGGUGAGGCGAUUAGCUAGUAUAUAUUUUUAGAUUAUUGGUUGUUUUAUAAUUUAGAGAUGCAAAGAAAAAGAAUAUAUAGAUGGUAGCUUUUGAUCGAUGUAGAAAAAUAAAAAACAGAUGAUCAAUAUUAGUAUAUUUUCCUCUGUAGAGAGAGAGAGAGAGAGAGAGAGAGAGAGAGAGAGAGAGAUCUUGUAGAACUUUAACAAGAGAUCGAUUAUUAAUGGUUAUGGAUUGUGUAUGUAUUAUUUCGAUCUGUUUAUAUAUUGAUCAUUGUGUUA